AUGGGCGCGGCGGCCCCUGUCCGCAGCCUCGGGAAACCCCACGUCGCGUCACCGCGCACAGCUCGCAUAGAGUGCCUGUCAGCUGAACAGAUUAAGGUGAAAGGUGUCUUUGGGAUGUCUGAUGAUGAGGGCAAUGGAGAGGUAGAGACUGACAGUGAGCUGGAGCAGCUCAGGAGCCUGCUGGGCAUCAGCCCCACUAAGAGCGAGCUGGCCUCCAUGGCCAAGGAUUCGGACAGAGACAACAUAGGGCUCUUCAACUGCUGUGACUUUCUGGUACUGAUGGGGAUCUACCAUGAGAAGGCCCAGAACGAAGAGGGCAAGCUGAGGGCAGCUUUCCAAGUCUUUGACAAGGACAGCAAGGAUUACAUAGACAGGAACAUGCUCAAGUAUGUGCUUGUGAAGGUGGGCGAACCCCUCAAUAAAGUGGAGGCUGGGCAGAUGGUGGAGCCUGACAAGGACGGGGAUGUAAUCACAGACUAUGAGGAGUUUGUGGCCAUGACGAUGGGAAAGUCCUUCAAGUUGGUCCAGUCGGACAGCUGCUCUGGCUGCAGGAGGCCUGCCCAGGAAAUGUGCUGCCUGUCACUGCCCAUUCUGCCCCUAGAUCUGCAUCAAAUAAAUUCAGUCUGA